AUGGCUUCUUCGGAGACAAUUCAGCAAGAUCCCCUCUUGCUUCUGCGACAGGCGAUAGCCUCGGACAGUCCUUGCAUACCGACUACAACCGCAGAUGCAUCCUCAGCUUCAUCAGUCGAUUUGAGCUUGUCGACAGCAACCUACCUGCUCUUUUCCUCGCCCGUUCAAGUCUCGAUACCCCUUGAUACACCCACGCGUUUUAUCUCAUCUGACAAACCAGUCAAUCUCCGCAGUAUCUAUCUCGCGUGGUUGAAGAGAGAGACAGCUAUCCCCGACUACAAUGCUGCAACGCGUGCCUUGAACGAGGAAUUGGCUGCAGAUGGAGGCGCAGGCGGAGAGGUCCAGAAUCUCCCAUUUGUGGAGAAAUUAGAUUUGCUUACCUGGCUUGAGAGUGCUUCCGAAGAGAGUGAAUUCAUCAAGCCACUGGCAUCGGAUACGUUGAGUGCUGCUGCUUCGGCGCAAGUUGCUUCUGGGAAAGUUGGGGGAAUUGUGCCUGUCACUAGUGGUGCUGCUGGGAGACAGGGCAAGACUAUUGAUCCGCGCCUGGCAGAAAUCUACAACGGAGAGAGGCGAAUGGGUGACAGGAAUAGUGUGUUGAGGGGAAUUAAGCCGACAGAUUUCUCUCAUGUACGCAAAUUAGCCGCGCCUUUCAAUGCACGCAAGGCCGCUCAAGCAGCUGCGAAUCUCGCAAACAACCCUACUCUACCCCACAACCCGAAAGCUCCAGCCCGCCGACCGGACCCCAUAAUACUACUCUCCCCUUCGGCAUCCUCCCUUCUGCGUAUGUCAAAUAUCAAAUCCUUCCUCGAAGGCGGUAGUUAUAUACCCCCGGAGUCCUCGAGCUCAACAUCAAGCUCUUCUGCCUCAAUAUUACACAUUACGCGCACGUUACCUUUGAUAGAUCCUACCCGUGCUAUGCGCUUCAUCAUUGUUGAUACGCCCGAACAGUUCAAGCCAGAGUAUUGGUCGAGAGUUGUGGCCGUCUUCACGACAGGGCAAGUAUGGCAAUUCAAGAGCUAUAAAUGGCAGCAAGCAACAGAUUUAUUCAGACAUACGUUAGGUGUCUAUGUAGGAUGGAGAGGAGAGCAGAUGCCCGACACGGUUAAGGGCUGGGGUCGAGGUGUACUGGGAACUCAGGUAGACAAGUGGAGUGCUGGAGCGUCUGCUGCGAGCAGAUGGCGGGAUCGGGAGGUUGUUGAAAGCAUUUGGAAGGCCGUCGAGGAAAAUAUGCGGAACAAAGGCUGGAGGAGAGACUCGGGUCCAACGGUAAUCUGA